UUCUCGGGCGCAGUUUACGACCAGCUUGCGCUCCGGCGGUAUCGAGCGUGGAUCCGCGAUCAACUCCACCUUCGUGUGCGUGUGUGUGUGUGUGUGUGUGUGUGUGUGUGCGUGUGUGAUAGGGAGCGCAACCCCUCCGUCACGGUUGCGUACGAGACAGCGACGAACGAAAAUGUGUCCGACCUGCAUGUUCUGACGCGCUUGCGAACAUAGUGAAAAUUCGAUAACCCUCUUCCGAUUUUGAUAUCGAGCACACAGUUUGGGCCCUAAACGUGUGAAAAUCCCGACGACCCUCAACAAGUGCUCCUCUCCAUACUGAAAUCAAUGCAAAUAUCAUCAAUCGAUCACGCCCGAGGAUCGUUGUGUGUGUGUGUUAGUGGCCGCUUUGUGAGAUCAUUUCUAUUCACCAAUCCCCAUCCUAAAAAGUGUGUGUGUGUGUUUAGUAUUGGUAGCUCUCACUAUGGGCAAUCAGCACAGCAUAGCUAUUAAGCAUGGCAGUGCGGCGGGCAAACCAAAGAAAGCCGUACACUGGAAAUCCGCAGAACCACCUGGCCCACCGGGUAAACCGGCCCUCGUGCCAGGCUCACCGUCCUCCGCACCGGACGUGGUAACGAUCCGCUGGAGCCGUCCGACCACUGACGGAGGCUCGCCGAUACUCGGGUACGUGGUGGAACAGCGUAGAACCGGCUCACCGCACUGGGUCCGUGCCUGUCCGUCGCUCGUCCAGCAGACGGAGCUGUCGCUGAGCGGCCUAGAGCCCGGCUGGCGCUAUCAGUUCCGCAUCAUGGCCGAAAACAUUGUCGGACGAUCGGAGAGCAGUGAACUCUCGGACCCACUCACGGUGACACUGCAAAGGAAUGCCAUCUCAGCGCCACGCUUUGUGCACGAACUGUUCGAUGCGACAGCCGUGGAGAACGAGAAGGUCGAGUUUCGGGUGCAUGUGGCAGGGACGCCUGCACCACAGAUCAGCUGGUUUAAGGAUGGGUUCGAGAUCUACAGCAGUCGGCGGGCGCGCAUCAUCACCGAGGCGGAUGUGAGUGUGCUCGUGAUCCAUCAGACCGCACUGACGGAUGAGGGUGAGAUCAAGUGUGCGGCGACGAACCGGGCAGGGCAUACGGUGACGCGCUGCCAUCUGACGAUCGACGCCUAUCCGAAGAUACGACUGCCGCGCCAGUACGAGGACGGGUUGAUCAUCGAGGCGGAGGAGGUGGUGCGCAUGAAGGUGGGCCUGGCUGGACGGCCACCGCCGGCGGUAGAGUGGGCCCACAACGGUGAACCGCUGACGAACGAUGGUCGGCACGAGAUCGUCACCACGGACAAGAACUCAACGCUCAAGAUCGUCAGCACUAAUCGAGCGGAUCGGGGCGAGUAUCACAUCCGUGCGCUGAACAAGCUUGGUGAGGACAAUGCAUCCUUCUUGGUGACGGUCACAGCACGUCCGGAACCACCAGGGCGCGUGACGGUGGCGAUCUCGUACGGCAAGACGGCCACACUUAGCUGGUCCGCACCGGACGAUGAUGGUGGAUGCAAGAUCGGCAACUACAUCGUGGAAUACAACCGAGUCGGGUGGGAUGUGUGGCUAAAAGCGGCCACCGUCCGUCAGCUAACUGCGACGCUGAGCGAUCUUAUCGAAGGCUCCCAGUAUCGGUUCCGCGUGAAGGCCGAAAAUCCAUACGGAGUGAGUGAUCCGAGUGAAGAAUCGGAGGUCCUAUUUGUGCCCGAUCCAAAGCGGGGUAUUACAGAUGCAUCCAAAAUGCAACCACAGCAACCCUCCACUCUACCCCGCAAACGACGCGAUCUGUCCCAAUCUCCAAUGCGCGAGUCGGCCUCACUGCCCAAGAAAGCGUUCACGCCCGAACCGUACGGACGGGUGGACGUUAUGCGCGAGAUGUCCUACGGAACGCCACUGGAUCGUGGCGUUGGGCAGGGCUACACAAAUACCGUCGCCCCUGUGCCAGCACUCGUCGUCACAGAACCAGCUCCACUAGCAGAGCCCGAGUCGGAGUCGGAAUCGAUCGGUCCUGUCAGUAAUGGGCGCGGAAUGGCGCCAUCUUUCCUCAAAGCGAUGCAAAAAUUCUCCAAAGAACCGAGCCCACUGAAGAUGUCCGAUCGGGAGCUUUCUUCGACCGGGAACAGUUCGGAUCAGAUGGGAUCGGGCUCGGAAAAUGAGUCCAGCCAGCAGCAGCCCAGCUCGAAGGCAGCCAUCCACAACAGCUCCGAGUUUAUGUUGGUCCUGUACAACGAGCAAGAAGCGAAGAAAUCGACACGUAAUUCUACCUUCGACUUUGAGCUGGAUGAGCUGGUGGCACCUCCCCCGCCCCUAUCACUCUCCGCACCGGAACUUAACGUGGAACCACCUCCCGCACCGACGAUGCGUGUUGGCGUAAGCUCGACGGAACUGCUCUACGAACGAGCAAUGGCACGUUUCUAUCAGGCCGUCGCCUAUGAAGAAUCGGAAAACCAGCGCAAGGAAGCCGAACAGGAACAGGCCAUCCGUCGCCGACAGGCAGCGGCAUCGGCACAGGAACCCUCUCAAGACGACAAGACAGGUGCUCCAGUCACGACCACAACCGUCAGCAAUCGUCUGGCGGACCGACGAAGCAGCCUGCGCAAGCGCCUGUCCGGCGAUAAGGACUCGAUCGUGAAGCAGUCCAGCUUCGAGCAGGACCAGCCGAUCGUGCCACCGUCUCAGCAGCAGCAGCAACAGCUUUCACAUUCCACACUGGCCGAGGAAACGAUCGUCGAAGAACCGUCGCACGGUGUGGAGCAGGAGCAGCAGCAACAGCAGCUGGAAUCCUUCACCUCCCUCCCGAUCGGCUACUCGGAGGGCGAAGAGUCCGUCUCCUCCUCGAUGAACUCCAUGAUCGAGGAGUUGAAGAGGCGCGAGCAGCAGCAGAAGCUGCUCGAACAGCAGGUACUCAUCCUCCCCAAACGCCGUGGCUUCAUGGAUGACGACGAAACGGACGAAGAACCGUACCAUCCGGGUGGUGAACGUAUGCGCUCUCCUUACCGCAAUCCCGAUCCGAGCCAAGCGAUCGAAGUGCUCACCAAGCCGAUGCCGCUGCCCGAUCCUAACUUUGUGCCAAAACCCAUCCUCAAACGUCCAUCGACGGAAGUGUUGGCAAAGGGCGAACAACCUGUCGUCAGCAAGCAAUCGAGCAGUAAUCUACAGCUCAGUCCCCCACAACCACCAAAGCAACCGACUCCCGAGCGGGAGAAAUCUCCCGUCAAAGUGCCAACUCCUCCAACGAAGAAGGAAGAACCUCCGGAGCAACAAAUGCCCCUGUCCGAGAAGCAACCUCCGAAGGGACAAGAAAUCGAGCGUGCGAUCGUGUCGGAAGCAUCCCGCCAGCGGCGUCUCGAAUCACGCCAAAACUCCAUCGAGGAGUCGCGUGCUGUGGCCGACUUCUACAGCGAUAUGGUGCAGCAGAUUGAAAGCUCGAAAAAGCCACGCAAACUCCCGCUGUACAUGAGUCCGGACGAGGUGCGUCGGUUGAAUGAGCGUGAGUACUCGCGCAACUCUUCGCGAGCAGGCUCACGAUCACCACUGUCGGUAGAGGAUCCUUAUCUGAUGCGCGGUCGUACAUCUCGAUCACCUUCGCUUGCCUCGGAUCAUCCGAUCGUUGUGCAGCGUGGCACUAAACCGGCACGGGAAAGCAAGAUACUGAGGCAACGGUCCGCUUCGAUCGAGAGUGAGACAGCUUCCAGGCCACCGUCUGUUGUGGGGGAUAGAAUCGGCAGUCCGGUUCAAGCUAGAGACGACGAACCCGAUGGACGCAUUGGUCGUCCGUUGGACAAGAAGCGCGGCACAGGACGAGCUGGCUCGGGCGUACGGAACCGAUCACGAUCGAAUUCUGCUGCUAGGACGGCGGGUAUGUCAGGUAACUCCGCAGUAGCUCCGAAAGUGGCUCCAGUAGCAGUAGCACCACCUCAAGUCACUGCUGCUCCGCCUAGUGCACGCGUCAUCUCAAACAAACAACCUACGCCGGAACCUCCAGCACGCUCCAAACCUCUGCCGGAAGCACCGAUCGAACCGGAACCGAUGCCACCGGUCGUACCGGACGCGACCGAGCUGAAGCCGACCAUCUCCUACCUGACGGAUGUGGCUCUGUUUGUGAUCGCUUGCUGGUUGUAUCUGUUCAAAAAUCCCAAGCUAGCUAUUCCCGUCAUCCUGCUGAUCAUGUACCGGCACAUCCGGGAAGCGGUGAAGGACAAACUGCCGGCCUGGAUGAGGCGAAAGGAGCCAGUAACCAGCUGAGCAGGGAAUCUCAACAAACCCACACACGAUAAAGACAUUGUUUUGCAUUGCCCCGCAUUGAAGUAGGGGCCAAAAGGGGAUUUUAUUUCUAAAUAUUGUCGUUGUUCCGUAGUCAUCCACAGCUUUUGGGAACCAGCCAAGACAUCGCAGACGAUGCCGGUUCCGUGUUCCGCACCGUGUUCGCGUUCAGCACUCUUCGGUGUUCACAUACAUUUACUCUACUUACACGUGCACUCACACGUUCACAGCGCUGCACGUUAAUGCACGAAACUCACGCGGACGGCGGAUAAGGAAUCUCUCGGUCGAAGUUAUUCAACCUCGCCACACAGAAACCAACAAAAAAAAACGCUUAAAUUAAUAUACCACCACGACACAUAAAAACGACGUUAUUCUACUUGUGAUGCACACUCACGCACGAACUCUCACACGACGUUAAUUACGAGUGCAUCAAGGGAUGGAAAGGAAACAGGGAGGAAACAGGCUGACUAGAAUCGUGUUAUUCCCGGAUGCAGCCCGAUCACUUUCAUGUGGCGAUGCUGCGUCGUAUGUAACGUUUGUAUGUUAUUUUUGUUACCUCUCGACCACCAAUUGUUGCUGCACAUAUAUUUGCACAUUGGCUCGCUUUCAUUGUACGCAGGCUGCACCACGGCAUUGCCAUUGCUUGUGUUUUAUCUUACUUUGUCACACUAAAUCGCCAUUUGUUGGGUGGAGCUGUAGAAAGCCGCCACCAUUAUCAUCAGCGUCUCAUCCUCAUCGCGAUCUUGGCUCGACCGCUAUGGUUACCGUAUUUGUAUUUGUGUACCGUGUUUUUUUACACCACAGCAUAAAUGUGUAUGUAUAUAUGUUUUUUUUUUCUUGCAAAAAGCGAAUCGUGAAAAAUAAAACGUUUAAAGUAUACCCCCA